UGUGUCUUUCCCCCAAGAGCUCCCGGGGGUCAUUCGGUCGGUGAAGAGCCAGCGUUCCCUACCAGAAACCAUCCAUCCUUUUGCCAGACAGACGACCUGGAUUUAAGUGGACGCCGAGGCCAUGCUGGUCAAAGAGUACAGGAUCUGUAUGCCACUCACCACCGAAGAGUACCGAGUUGGCCAGCUCUACACCAUCAGCAAACACAGCCACCAGGAGAGCGACAAAGGAGAAGGGGUGGAAGUGGUGAAGAACGAGCCCCACGAGGAUCCCGUCCACGGCACCGGCCAAUUCACGGAGAAGCGGGUGCACCUGUCCAGCAAACUGCCCAGCUGGGCACGGGCCGUGACGCCGAGGAUAUUCUACAUCACCGAGAAAGCCUGGAAUUACUACCCAUACACAAUCACAGAGUACACAUGCUCCUUUCUGCGAGAAGUUUUUCCAUCUACAUCCAGAAACAAAGUGCAGAGGAUAACUGUUAGGGAACCAACCCAAAGCAUCUUCCACAGUGAAAAAAUCCUGGGGGACCACGAAGUGACAUUCCUGGACAUUGCCUUUGAUGACAUCCCAGAGCGCUACUACCGAAGCCCUGAGGACCUCCGGUACUUCAGCUCGACAAAGACUGGCCGCGGGCCACUGCGGGAGGGCUGGCGGGAACACACUCAGCCCAUCAUGUGCUCCUACAAGUUGGUGACGGUCAAAUUUGAGGUGUGGGGGCUGCAGACGCGUGUGGAACAGUUUGUCCACAAGGUCAUCCGGGAUAUUCUGCUGAUCGGGCACCGGCAAGCCUUCGCCUGGGUGGACGAGUGGUGUGACAUGACGAUGGACGAGGUGCGCCAGUACGAGAGAGAGACACAGGAGGCCACCUUGAACGAGGUGGCCGACGAGAGGCCCACCAUCUCCAUCAGCGAAGUCUGCCUGCCCCCCGGCACCCAGAGCGCCCCUUCUAGCGCCCCUUCCACGCCGCUCAGCGGGGACCCCCCGGACUUCCUCAGCGUGCCCAAGGACAGGCCACGGAAGAAAUCUGCGCCAGAAAUGCUGACGCUGCCAGUGCUCCGGGAGCAGUCCAAUGCGGAGUGACGGCCCAUCCCAAUUCUAUGUCUCCCUUCCUUGGUGAAAAUGGCUUCCCCACCCCUAUUCAUUUCCUCUGAAGAUUUUACUGGACUUAAACCCAAGGGGGAACCUUUCACCUUGAGGUUGCGUUUUUUAAAAAUGCCUUUUUUAAAAAACAAAAACUGUUUUGUCCUUUGUUGGGCAUCGUGCCUCCUCUGCCUCGCAACUUGAAAGUUCGUCUUUCAAGGAUUGGGGCAGCACGUCGGAGAACUCGAAUUUCUCCAGCCUGCCCCUCGUUCCUGCUGGCACCCAAGUAUCGCUGGACACCUCACCUCCUCCUUGCUGGGACUCACGGCUGAACAUCCGGGCUUUGCUCAAAUGCAACAUACCUCUCCACCCCUCACCCCAAAUCUGGGAAUUGCAAUUCUGGGAGGGCCACAAUCCUCUUUUCUGGCACCUUUGCUAAACUACAGUUCCCAAGAUUCUUUGCGGGAAGCUGGUACAGCUCCUUUGGGGUAAAGGUGACGCAGGAGUGCUGCUUAGAUCAAAUUGCUGUCUGUAGAUCCCGUUGCUUGCUCAACGCAGAACAUCUGUAGGUUCAGUCUGCAGUGGAAGGCUGGGCCCAUCCUCAGCAAGGCUGCAAUCGGGACUGCAUUUCGUCUGCAUGUUUUAGUUCUGGUUUUUUAUUCGCUCUGCAAAAGGGUCCCUUUCUUGGUAAGAGAGACAGUUUCCCCUCCCCUCAUCUGCUUUUGAAUUUUUUUAUACCGAAGUAUCCCUUUUUAAAAAAGAGUUGCUGUGUUAUAUUAGCACCCACGAUCCUGGGGAGCGUUUCUCUGCUGGCAGGCCUUGUGUAUCCAGCCAACAAUAGCCAUAGUGAAGAAAAGACACAUCAAGGGGUUUAUAACUGUUUCGCAUGCUUGUAUAUCUGUGCCUAGAAUGAUAGACGGUAGCCCUGAAACUCUGCCAUACAAACAGUGGUGUGAAUGGAACCAUAAUCAUUCUUGUUCUCUCUCAAGCAGGGGGAGAGAGUCCAGGACCGCGCUUUCCCAUCUUAACCUGCCGAUUCCAUGAUCAGGGUACAUGCAUGUAGAAUUUGCUUGCGAGGCAGUGCAUUCACCACCCUAAGAGUUUCGCCUUCCCUUUUUGAAAGCACGUUUCUCGAUCUCGCGGUUGCCGAGAGGAGGUAGAAAGGAUUCCAGGAGGUGACUGGUGGUUCUUCCAAAGCCAGGACUCGGUAAGGGUUGAUGGGAAAGCUUGAUGGUUCAGGGAUUCUUGCAACGUGCCUUGGCUGCGUUAGCGUCAUCCCACUGUAUAAAUUCUCAAGGGACGCAUCGUGUCCAGUUUGCAUGGUCAGUUCCAGAUGCAGAACCAGGUGCGUAAUGUGAGUGGCAAAGUGGCAGAAAGCAAAUUGGAUGCUGUUGUUGAUUGGGCAGCGUCCAAUAGCCAAAGGGAGCCAGUAAAGGGAUGGAGGGGGGAUGCUGCACCGUCGCACUCCCAGCAGGACACACAGUUCCAUGGGUUCCUGGUUCAAAUCCCUGGCAGCUCUUGACACAGUCAGUUAGUAGAUUCCCCGUUUUGCUUGGUGACAUGAAUUAGCAUGCAGCCUUUGAGGGGAGGGGGGCUAGGGGAAUCCUUGAGAGACGGAGGCCUUCGACGUCUGAACCAGCUCUUCUCUGGGAUCUGCCCUGUGUUUUGCCGCAACCAAGAGCCUGACUUCCUCCUUCCUGUUUCCUGUAUCAGGCACCCCACCCCAUCCCAAGUUACAGCUAGUGGCUCGUCUUCUCCUCGGUGCCUUGGGAACAGGGGCCCUCUUGCCCUCCAGUGGAGGAGAAGCCCCCUCACGGAGCGCCAAGCAUUUGAGGCCCUCCGACUCUGCCCCUAGUGGCUGAAGCACAUGCCUGCCUAAUACCAGCAUCCAGUUUGCCUUGUGGAAAAUGGAGAGCACAGCCCCAGCCCGGAGACGGGGAGCGCUACCGGGGAGCCGCAGAUCCCUCCACUGUAAACCUUCUCAGUCUUAAUGUGGUCCCCGACCGUCUUCGUACAAGCACAGUUCUGACUUGCACUGUCUUCUCGCCACUUAGCGGACCUUCCUCGGGCAGACUGCCUUCAUAUGUAAUCUUUGGCUCUUGACCUCUUUUUGAGUUUCACCGGCUGCUACUUAAACUUUGGCGUUAUGCGUGCAGGAGAUCACCGCAUAGGAACCAAGGAGACUAAAGCAGAGACCUCAAAAGGACCAUCACCAGAACAUAAACAUUAUGAUCCUGGGGAGCUGCUGAGAACGCAGACCACGGGAUGUUUUGCCUCCUGUUCCCGUGUUUUGGUGAGUUCUGCUUCUGGAGGCAGAUGGCUACAGAGAAUCCUCCAGAGUUGCGUGUUUGAACUAUCCCUCAACAGACUCUCGAAAACCCUCAGGUCUGCAGGCACUAUGGAGAGCUGUGUUUAUUUACACUCCUGCCUGUCGUCCCACAGCCAGGUUCUGGGUGGCAGAGAGAGAGCACCUGGCACCUUUUUCUGAGCCUUUUUGGAAGGUAGGUUUUGGUUGGCAAGGACAGUUCAGAGCUGGUUCUUAACCUGGCAUAUGUGCCAUUUUGCCAGUCUCGGUCGAGAGACAGCGCAAAGGGCUGGAACGUGAUGCGUGUACACUGAAAAAUCUUCUGUAAAUAAUUUGUAAUCUGUUUAGCAGCAGUGCUGUAUGUAUGUAUUAAAAGGACUGAUAAAGGCAAGUUUCAUACGGAAA